CAUUGCGUUGGUCUUUGGAGGUUCAGGCCUCGAUUUAACUUACCUUUAGGGGAGCGGAAAAGAUUGUUGCCAUAAUUGCUUGAGUCACUAAUCACUCUGCUGCAAAGUUUAUUUAUUUCGCUGGAGUCUCCAAGGACUUUGCAAGAUGCUCUCUUGUAUUUUCUUCAAGCUAUCAGUCUUCUCGCGCGAUUUCCAGAGUUUAAGAUGGCUCAACCACUGAGAUCCUCUGAGCAGAACCAAGCCCCGCCGGAGGGAAUCCACGACAUGGCACCGAACCACAACACCGACCAGGCCGAAAACCGAGACUCGAAAUCUGAACCGCAGUACAACCCAGGUAUCGACGAGAUCAACCCGAAUCCAGAAGAAGAUGAAUACCCCGAAGGAGGACUGCGCGCUUGGUCCGUCGUGCUAGGCUCCUGGUUCGCAUCCUUCUCGGCCUUGGGCAUCUCAAACAGUGUUGCGACCAUCCACGCCUACAUCAGCUCUCACCAGCUGCAAGGUUACAGCGAAGGCACCAUCGGCUGGAUCUUUUCCAUGUACAUGUUCCUCUGCUUCUUUUGUGGGAUCUACAUUGGCCCCGUCUUUGAUAAGUAUGGCCCGAAAUGGCUGAUCUUGUCCGGCACAGUCUGUGUUGUGACGGCUCAGAUGUUGUUGAGCAUAUCUACCCAGUUCUGGCACUUCAUGCUCGUCUUCGGAGUUCUCAACGGCGUGGGUGCCUCCCUGUUGUUCACACCAUCGUUCGCAGCCGUUGGUCACUGGUUCUACCAUCGUAGAGGACUCGCUACCGGCAUUGCUUCCACUGGAGGUUGUUUCGGAGGCAUCGUAUACCCCAUGAUGCUGCGUGCCCUCUUCGAACGAGCGGGCUGGGCGUGGGCGAUCCGGGCCGUCGGGUUUAUUGUCCUUGUCUUCUGCGGGGCCGCGACCCUCCUGAUCGACAGACGGCUGCCGCCUAAACCUAACGCUUCGGUUCAUCCCAACAUCCGGAUACUUCGUGAUCCGGCAUUUGCGUUGACUACGCUCGGCAUCUUCCUUCUUGAGUGGUCGCUCUUCAUUCCUCUCACGUACAUAUCGAGCUAUGCCAUUCAUAAGGGCUUCGAUAUCGACUUUGCGUAUCAGAUCCCUACGAUUCUGAAUGCUGGAAGUGUAGCCGGACGUAUCUUGGCAGGGUGGUUCGGUGACUUUGCUGGACCUUUCAACUCCAAUACCUUGGCUCUCGUGCUGAGCAUCGUCGCUUGCUUGGCCGUGUGGCUGCCGGCGGGCUCCUCUAUGGCAGGCAUCGUCGUCUUUGUGGUACUAUUCGGCUUCGCUAGCGGGAACAACAUUAGCAUCAGCCCGGUUUGUAUAGGCAAACUCUGUAAGACGGAGAGCUAUGGGCGGUAUUAUGCGACGGCUUAUACGGCGGCUUCGUUUGCCUGCCUUUUUGACGUGCCUGUGGCUGGAGAGAUCAUUUCUGCGCAAAACGGGGAAUAUUGGGGGUUGAUUUUAUUCACUGGUCUCAUCUAUGUCCUUUCUCUUGUGGCUUUGAUGGGGGCCAAGGUGGCUCGUGUUGGAUGGAGACCUUUCGCAAUUUUGUAAAUAACAAAUACCACCGGACGGUUCCUUGUUCAGUAAUUUGUUUGCCACGGUUUAUGCCAUGCCAGUCUCUUUUCAUUUGCUGAAUACAAGUCAAAUACAAAUAUCAAAGCAGAUUCACAGUUCCUCUCGGAGGUGUGUAAAAAGAACUGCAUUGCAGACAUAGUCAUUUGGAGAGUAUGUACAGUCUAUUGCCGUUGUA